ACAACGCUAACUAUAUCCGAUGAUUUGUAUAAAAUGGCGUCAGCCGAGUUUUUAGAGCAAGCUUUGUCCACAAACGUCGACGAGAACGCUGUAAAUGCGAUAGUGGGCUCAUUAGAAAACCAGUUAGUCACAUCUGUUCCGUCAGCAUCUUCUCAUAACAAUAUCGUGAACGUUUUUCCUGCUCAAAAUUGUAACAUUACUUCAAACGCGGGUACUUUAAUAAGUGGACAAAAGUUCAUUACGGACCAAAUAAACUCUGGUGGCAUAGUGAACAGUAUACAAUCAAAUAUUGUGUCUAACUCAAACUCAAGUGCACCUUUUAACAAUGUGCAAGCUUCAAGUCCCUCCACAUUCACGUCCCUGUCAUUGACUGGUGGUGUUCCUAUUUCCAAUGAGACAUUGAAGGUGAUAUACACGCAAGCCCACCACCUGGCCAAUCAUCACAACGGUGUCACGCUUCCCGUGCAAUCGUUAGCAAACGGUUGCAUCGCGCAGCCGUCGCAGAGCCAGUUAUUGCACGCGGUGCCGGCCAGCAGCGUGUUACCACAGCAGGGCAACAAAACUAUCGCCAUGCAGCCUCCACUCGUCAUUAAGCAGGGCACAAAUACUGGCCAAGUGGGUAUGCAGCCUGGAAUGGUGACUGUCCCAAUGACUGUGAACUCUAGCAUGCCUGCUUCAAUACCUAACGUGAUGACACUGAACAAGCCUGGAGGGCAGAACGUUGUAGUGACCACACAGAAUUUAGGCUCCGCGCAGCCCACUAUCAUCCCUAAUGUCCAAAUAUUAAACAUGAGACCUGGAGCGCCAGCAGUGGCAGCUCAGAAGUCAGUAGCAACAGUAUCACCCAGAGUGGUGAUUGGUACGCCUCAAGUUGUUGGUACGAGAGCAACUGCUCCAAUAACGCUGCAAACUCUGCAGAGUCUUCAACCGGGGCAGCAGGGUCAUUUGUUGUUAAAGACUGAGAAUGGUCAAUACCAGCUGCUGAGGGUGGGCCCCGCGCCCGCGACCAGCACUCUCUCGGCGCCGCAGCCUCAGACCAUCCGGCUGUCGACCGUGCCGGCACACCCAGGAGUAGCGACAGUAUCGACCAGCGUGGCGGCGCCCGGGCCAAUGGCGGGCCAGAUGCCCGCAGCGUCGGUGGCGGCGCCGGUGGUCGCGUCAGUACCGAGCGUCGUGCCCACCACGCCCACGGUGCAGGCGCCUAAUGCUACAACUCACAUCAAACCAUCGGACAACACCAAAGAGAAAUGCCGCAACUUCUUGGCUAAUUUGCUGGAUCUAUCGAGUAAGGAGCCGCCUUCUGUGGAGAGAAACGUACGGAACCUCAUUCAGGAGCUGAUUGACGCCCAGGUCGAGCCUGAGGAGUUCUGUGACCGGCUGGAAAGACUCCUUAAUGCCAGUCCUCAACCUUGCCUCAUUGGAUUCUUAAAGAAAAGUUUGCCGUUACUUCGCCAGUCGCUCGUAACUAAGGAGCUAGUGAUUGAGGGCAUCAACCCUCCAGCGCCGCACGUCGCGUUUUCGACCAUCCCCGCCCCUGCACCCGCGCAGCCGGUGGCCGCAACUUCCAACGUCCAAAUGCGCGAGGAUAGCUCGAGCCCCACUUUGACGCCCCUCCUGCCGCCGGUGUUACCUCUAACACUGGCGAGCACCCCCGCGCCUUCCACAAUGUCGAUUAACGUUGCACCUGCGACGCCCUCUUCGCCUGUGCAGAAGCCGGCGCAGAAAGGCGGCAGCACCAUUGCCGUAUUGCAGAACAUCCCGCUUCACACUAAGAUCAACGUGAACAAAGUGAGCAGUGGAAAGGCGAUGACAGUGAACAGCAAGGCAAAUUUUCCAAGAUCCACCACUCCCGCUGGCCUUAACGCUGUUCUCGCUCCCGGCAAAUCUCUCUUGAAAGAAAAAGAGAAGAAAUCUUCGGGCCAGUUCUCCCAGCCCUUCGGAGACGAUAAGAUGGCGGGCGAUGACGACAUCAAUGAUGUCGCCGCCAUGGGUGGCGUGAACUUGGCCGAGGAAUCACAACGCAUUCUUGGCUCAACUGAAAUGAUCGGAACACAGAUCAGAUCUUGCAAAGAAGAGUACCUGGUCCCGAUGGGUUUGAUGCAAUCCCGCAUCAAGGCUAUAGCGGCUAAGCACGGCCUGGACGAAUCGUCACCGGAGGUGGCGGGGCUGCUCAGCCACGCGUUGCACGAGCGUAUCAAGACCAUCGUCGAGAAGCUGGCUGUGAUAGCCCAGCACCGCAUAGACGCCUUAGUCAAGACGGACCCUCGUUAUGAGACUACCCAAGACGUGAAGGGUCAACUGAAGUUCUUGGAGGAGCUUGACCGCGUCGACAAGAAGCGACGUGAAGACUCGGAAAGGGAGAUGUUGUUGCGAGCUGCCAAAUCAAGGUCCAAGAAUGAAGACCCGGAGCAGGCCAAGCUGAAGGCCAAGGCUAAGGAGAUGCAGCGCGCUGAGCUGGAAGAGCUGCGCCAGCGCGAGGCCAACCUCACGGCGCUGCAGGCCAUCGGGCCGCGCAAGAAGGCCAGGCUGGAGGCUGGGCCCGGCGGCUCCGGAGAUCCCACCUCCAGUGGAGUCGCCAGCACCUCGGGAUUUCAAUCUGGGCGCAGCCAGAUGGCGCUCCGCACACGUCUGAAGCGCAUCAACAUCCGCGAUCUCAUCUACUGGAUGGAGCAGGACCGCCAGUAUAUGCGCUCUGAGACACUGUACCGUCUUUACCUGAAGUAAAGGAAAUCAUCGUCGGAUAGAGAUCCGAUCUAAAAAUAACAUAGGCCUCCACGAAUUAAACGCGGUAGCUCAACAUGGCACAAGCUCCGAGACGUAGUUGUGCUUUGUUUGUCCUCGUAGGGUCACGAUCCACGAUGACACGCGCUUUAUAGGAAGUUAGGCAUAUAAAUACAUACAAAUGCCAUUUAUAUGUAAGCUUUGCGAUAAUUUACCGCGCAUGUACCAAAGAGCUGCUAUGAAACGAUAUACACAUUACCAUGCAAAGCUACAAGAUCUUUAAAGUAAACCAGACGAAAAUCAAUUGAUGUGUUUAGAGAAGAAGCGCUGCGGUAAAAUAUUAAUGGCAUUAUAUGACCUUGCGUAGUUAAGCUUUAAUCAAUAGAUACUAUUUUUUUUAUUAUAUGUUAUGGUUGUUUUGUUUUGCUUAUGCAUACCAGGUGAAAUAUCUGAUGUUUGGAUGCCAUGAUUGCAUGAUGCAUGACUGCUUAUGUGACUGCCUAACGGGCACCUUUGAGCCCUCGGUUAUGUUUAGUAUCAUUAUAGUAAAACAAUUGUAUUUUUGUAUAGAUUAUGUUAGUUAAAUAUUUUAAAUUAUUAUAUUCUGGAGUGUUGUCUGAAGUUCCAAGAGAAAGGCCAAUGAUACACCUCAGUGGAGUGGUGGUUAACUGCUAAAGGUAUUCAUCACUAUGUGAUGUUCAACCAGUAGAAAAAGUAUGGAAGGAAUCCCCACAGGGUGUACAGGCAGCCCACAUUGCUGGAUGACUGUAUGUGUAAGAUUUAAAAUCGCGAGGUCUCCACUGACCUACAAGUUCGGAUUCAGAACAUGUGAUUGACCUAGUCUCAAAUGAUGAGUUAAGUCAAGUAUAUUGCUUGUGUAAGGGUAGGUUACGAAGAAAAAGGAGAAAGGAGGUAAUGUACGUUUAUUUACAGUUGCUUGUCGUUUCAAAUAGCCUAACACACCUCUAUACGUACCAUGGCUUAUCUCAGUCCUUUUUGUGACGGCAACAACAAUGUUGUAAAUGGGUAAAAGAGCAAAACCGAGGAGAGAAUAACAGAUCUAAAGAUGGCUAAAGAUGUAUAAUGUUAUUGUUAAAUAUAUUUUUAUAUUUAGUUGAUGUUUUACCGUAUUAGUUUUAAAUUAUUUUAGUUAUUUAAAAGGUCCUAUUUAUUGAUUAUUGUGCAAAUAAAGAGAUCAUUUAGCUAAUAGUUAACAUUAGACUGGUUGCGUAAGCAUAAUUCAAAUACCGCCAAGAUAUUGAUCAGAACAAUACAAGUCUAAUCAAAGUAAUGAUGAUUACGUAAUUAAUCAUCUUAAAAAAUAUAUUUUCAUUUUGUUUUAACAUUACUGCUUAUAUAGGGUGUCUCAAUAAGAUUGCACUGUUUCGUUUAAAGAAAUUCCAUAUUGCAUUUUAAAACAUUCUUCGGCUCUUUUCUACGGCUCUAUUGGCCUGCCAUUUCAGGUUUUGGUGACCUUUGUACUAAACCAAACGAGAAUGAGCUCUGUACACGAUUGAUAACUGCAAUUAAAUAAAAAAGAAAAUACAUAAAGCCUAAGAAUUCGUUCUUUUUGAGACAUGCUAUAUAAUAAAACAAUAGAAUAAUAAUUAAAAAGAGCACUGGUGUUAUAGGAAGUUUCUCUGUAGGAUGUAAAAGAUUUUAUAUUAAAGUAAUAAAUAUUAUAAAUGUCGAUGUUUACUUGUUUUACGAAACACUUAGAAUUAUUUACCAAAUAAGAUUCAACUACAUCGUGUUAUUAGUAACUAUUGCGUAACUACUGAAGCCGUUGGCCUUAGGCCUUUCCUAACAUGUGGCCCAUUGUGCCACAACAUGCAAGUUAUAUUAAUGUAAGAAAUUCACAUUUAUCUAUCCAAUUGUUCAGGUACUUAAAGAGGUAAACAAUCUUGGUGCGUAUUUUUAUAAAAAAAAAACAGCAAUAAAGACUAUCAGGUUCAAUAUAUCACUUACAUAAAUCAAUCCUUUAUCUAUUUAAUAUGGUUUUUUUUUAUAAAAAGACACCAAGAUUUAGAUUCCCUACAUGUUAACUUUUUUAAAGUACCAAAACAAUUGGAGUACCUACUCACUACUAUAGUAAUGUUCUCUAUAUAAUUAAUGUGGGGGCCUACAUGUACCGAUUCAUUAUUAACCGUAGAUUUAACUUCAAAUUUUUAACCGUAUUAAUGUCAAGUUAAUGAGGAUCCUUCACAUAGUAGCAAAUCCCAUAAUUACUUAAACUAUUAUAGAAUCGUGCGCACUUGCGGUGCUGGAACUAGUACACUAAAAUUGCUGUAUCUUCGUCAUUUUUCGGUCCGAUUUUAAUAAUUUCUUUACAGUAAUUACUCUGCAUACUCCAUAAAUCGUGACGGUUCCUCAAUGGUGUUUUUGUCUAAUCUUAUUUAUAAGCUAUUUACUCUUAUGUAUACAAUUCCAAUUAUACUUAGCAUCUCAAAAUGCACAUGUAGUUAUAAUAUAUCUAUCAACUAAAUGUUUGAUGUAUCAUAGAAUAAGUGAUAACAAAUGUUUAUGUAUACCACUAGCAAAUAUAUGCAAGUGUUCUAGUUAAGACUAAUCGGUUAAACUAACCAAAUAUAAGCAUUCAAUUUAGAAAUAUUAACGUUAGAUUAUUUGUAUUCAUUUAAUAGUUCAAUAUAAACUACCAUCAUGUAUUUAAUAUUGUAUUAUUAAAGAAUCAUGUAGAAAUCACUUACUAAGAAAAUUUUAUAACAUAUACAAAGCACAAAAACAGAAAAAAAAAUGUAGUGUACUGGCUUUUUAGAGGGCAGAGUGGCAAACGUUAAAGCAUUCAUUAUCACUUGUUGUUUUGUAGAACUAAUGUCACAUGGAUUUACCAAGUGACAUUAGUUCUACAAAACAAAGGAACGGAAUAGAAAUGUACUGGUUUUUGCUAUUUAUAUUAAGCAUACAGAUAUUUACUAAAUGUCAUUUGUAGGACAAGAAAAUUUAAUGGUGUAGUUAGGUUUCUGCUUAACGUAAUUUUACUCAUACAUGUAUCAAUGUCUACUCUCCAUUUCUUUAGCCAAUAAAAAGAUAAAAAAAA